CUUCAAACAAAGACCUUAAUUAACCUGCUCAAUCUCUCUCCCUCUCUCCCUCUCUCCCUCCAUACAUCCUUCUUGAAGACUGCAUAUGACACAGUUCUUCUCGAUCUCCACAACGUAGAAAAGAUCGAUCAUCAUCGGAUUGGGUUUCGCACGCCAGCUAAUCAUGGACGGUUCACCAUCUCAUCAUCACCUUCAUCAUCCGACAGUGAUUCUCAACUCCCUCGACGAUCCUACCUUGCCGGCGCCGGCGUUCCGGCCCGAGAAAAGGGCCGUUAACGAACUAGAUUUCUUCAAGAGAGAGAAUUCUGAUCUCGAUUCCGCCAUGGACGAAGCUCUGGUUAGUAAAGGGAAUGGCCGCCGUGUCGGAGAUGAAGCUGUGAACCAUCCCCCAGUACUCGAUACUGGCUUAGAUCUUCUGGGUCCAAGCAAGAAGUCCAUGGUCUUUCAUGGCGCUUUGCCAGCAACAAUGGAACAUAAAGCAACAGUUGAAGAAGAAAGAAGUUUAUAUCUUACAGCUUUGAGGGAAGAGCUGGAAAGGAUGAACUCGGAAAAUCAACGUUUGAAAUCAAUGCUUAAUCAAGUCCACGAAAAAUAUAACGCUUUGAAGAUGCACUAUGCAUACAUCUUAGAACAUCAACACACCCUAAAACCUGAAAUCCCGGAAGACGAUAAGAUGAACGAUGGAUUCGCAGAAGGAAAUGAGAAGAAAAGAAAACUGACAGAUGGUAUGAAGGAAGAGCAUUCACAUUCGUCGCCGGAAGGUGCCGGCGCGUCACCGCCAUGCCCGGAAGAUAACACCAGAGAAGAAAGCCCCGACAAGGUACAACAAAAGCUUGUUGGCAGAUCCAACGGUGAACAUUCUGAUAACCUUCUUCCAGCUGCCGCCGAUCAACACGCGCCGGCGGCAAAGAAGGCACGCGUGUCCGUCCGCAUACCAUGCGACACACCUUAUUGUUCUGAUGGAUGCCAAUGGAGAAAAUACGGUCAAAAGAUGUCCAAAGGAAACCCGUGCCCUCGAGCUUAUUAUCGUUGCACCAUGACCUCUACUUGUCCCGUCCGCAAGCAGAUCCAAAGGUGUGCCGAAGACCGUUCGGUUAUGAUAGUUACCUACGAAGGUGAGCACAACCACCCACUGCCGCCGGCCGCCAGGCCAAUGGCAUCCACUACGUCGGCCGCGGCCACAAUGCUACUCUCCGGCGCCGCUCGGAGUGCGGACGGCGGGGUCCGUCCGGCGAAUCUCGACGCCCUCCCAGCAAAUUUCCUCCCAACAAUAUCAACUUUCGCACCAGUCCCUACCAUCACCCUGGACCUCACCAACCCCAUGGCUACACAGCCGCAAACGCCGCCGCCGUUCCAUUCCCCAAAUCCUCCGCUCCCUCCCGGCAUCGUAAGCGCCGCCGCGGCUGCCCUGACGAGAAAUCCUAGUUUUACGGCGGCUUUGGUUUCCGCCAUCGCCUCCAUCAUUGGCGGCAACAAUAAUGCAGCUCAGCCGCCGCCGCCUACUGAGCUCAGUGACCAAGACGUUAAACCGUCUCCCAGCAUUGAAAGCAACGCGCAAGCAAAAGUUUUAUAGAAAUAUAACUGAGGUUAUGUUCUAUAUAUACUCCCAGUCUAUAUAUCUUCUUCUUGGAACUGUAGUACUGUGUUUUGAUCAAUAUAAUCAGAAUGCAUGCAUGUACAUUUAGUACUGACCAUACCCUAGCUAGGGAAAGACUUCACUCUAUGUUACGUUGUUGGUAUGGCUUGCCCAAUUUUAAGUGAUUUUGAUAUUUUUGGGGUGACUAGGCCUGUGGUAUAGCAGUAGUAUUUUCUCAACUUAUUGAAGCACAAAGAGACAACCUCCCAAGAACAAUUUGGUGCUAUUGGACCACAAGGUCCUUGGCAGCUACUUACUUUGUAUUAAGUGUGAGUAGUGUAAUGUGUAAAAUAAUUUAGUCAUAUUAUAAUAUUUGUAUUAUGCUCAUUAUGAAAAUCUGAGUUUUUAAUUUA